GUAAUACGUACGCGAAAGCGUGUCACUGAGGUUUUAACAACACUGCUUAAAAGCUUGGGUUGUCCCGACAGAAUUUUGGUCAUAGUCAUCCAUGACUACCCCCGUAACUGGCUGUCAGGUAUCGAAGAAACAUGUCUUGCUGUCAGAGAUCCUGGCAGUGACCUCGGUCAUGCGCAAGAAUUCGCGGUGGGCAUCAGGAGCUCAUACACUCACAGCAAGAGACUCCGCGUUAGCAAGAGACCUUGGCCUGCGUAGGUCCACUCCUAGUACAGACAUUCAAAAGAAUGGGAGGCUCUCCCAAGAGGCAGACCUAAUGGGCGGCUUCCAGGAGCUGAAACGUACUAUCUGGGACGUCGACGACAUCGAAACAUUACCUUUGCCUGGGCUUAUUGGUCCCUUCUUUGCCCUAAUUCGAUCACCUUUAUCUAACGGACCUAUAACGUCUGCUGCACUCUCUGCACUCCACAGCUUUUUUGUCUGCGACCUAAUAUCCGCAAACUCGAUAUCUUUGGAGCUUGCGCUCGUUGAGCUCAGUAGCACAGUUUCACACUGCAAAUUCGAAGCCAGUGAUUCUUCGGGAGAUGAGGUUGUCCUCUUGAAGAUAAUGACUGUGAUACAUGAUUGUAUUGUCACAAGUAGUGUGGGUGCGUUCCUCGGGGACGUCGAGAUUUGCGAGAUGUUGGAGACGGUCUUAACGACAGCAUGUCAAAUGAGGCUGAGCGAGAUUUUGCGGCGUUCCGCUGAGUCGACUAUGAUUUCAAUCGUCAGGGCCAUUUUUGGUCGUCUGCAUGCUCUCGAUCCUGCUGCUGAGGAAGCCAGACUUCUCGUGAAUGAAGAGGACCCUCAGCACGGAGAAAUUAGCAUGUCUGUAUCUACCAGCGCCACUGGUGCCGGCGAUUCUCUGUCGCAGGCGUCAGAAGGAGUCCCCUCGUCCACACAGGAGAAUGCAGCAACAGUCACAUUGGAGAAUACUGAGGAUUCUGUAGCACUUGAGGUUGAGGACCCACCCCACAUACUUUCAACACCACGACCGUAUGGUCUACCAGCUCUUCUGGAACUCCUUCGUGUGCUUGUCAACAUUUUGGAUCCCAACGAUCAAGUUCACACCGACUCAACUCGCCUGACUGCGCUUGGAAUUCUCAAUGCUGCCGUCGAGACGUCCGGAACAGUUAUGGGCGACUAUCCUUCCUUGUCAGGCCUGAUUCUUGAUCCUGGAUGCAAAUACCUCUUCCAGCUUGCACGCUCCGACAACUCUUCUGUCCUACAGGCUGCUCUACGGACUACCACAACAGUGUUUCAGACCAUGCGAAAACACCUUAAACUUCAACAAGAGCUUUACCUCGCCUUCAGCAUUGACAGACUGGCAGCUCCCCCACAAUUGAAACCACUAAGCUCCAAGAAGAACAACAAUCCUACAUCUCCACGUCCCGGAACCCCUGCAACUGGAACUCCCAUCCUGGGACCAGUUGACACUGAACUUGAGCUUGAUAAGGGUAGCCCAGUUCCAUCGCGACCCCUGGUUCAGCCUGCCCGUGGAGAUACCCGGGACCUGAUGUUAGAAACACUCACUCAGCUCUGCCGGCAUCCUAAUUCUAUGGUGGAUCUCUACGUCAAUUAUGACUGUGACAUAAACUGCGAGAAUCUGUUUGAACGUCUGAUUGAGUUUCUCACAAAGGGCGUAUACCCAUGGCAAUAUUCGUCGCCGUCGGACGCACAACAAUUACAUUCCCAAUAUCUAUGCUUGGAUCUGUUGCUUGCGUUCGUGAAUGACAUGACAGCGCGAGCUGAGGGUCGAAGUGAACCAUGGCUUUCCGAUUCCAUUUUACCAGACUCGUUGAUGCAAGACAAAUCUAGGAAGAAGCUCGUUCUCGCCGGAGCAGCACGCUUUAACUCCAAACCAAAACUUGGCAUUGCGUUUCUUGAGGAGAACAAGCUCAUAUACUCUGACCUGUCUCCAGAGGUAUCAAGAACACGCAGUCUUGCUAUCUUCUUGAAGAGCUGCACGCGCUUGGACAAGCGACUGCUAGGAGAUUAUAUCUCAAAACCAGAUAAUUUGGAACUCCUGAAGGAGUUCCUUGGGUUGUUCGACUUCAAAGAUAAACCAAUUGCAGAUGCCAUGCGCGAGAUGCUGGAGACCUUCCGGCUUCCCGGAGAAUCUCAACAGAUCGCUCGGAUUACAGAAACUUUCGCUUCGAUCUACUUCGCAUCUGGGCCAGCGGAAGUCAAGACAGAAGAUGCGGUAUACGUGUUGGCGUACUCCGUGAUCAUGCUCAAUACUGAUCUUCACAACCCGCAAAUACGAAAACGUAUGACCAUAGAGGACUAUCAACGCAACCUGAGAGGCGUGAAUGAUGGCGCAAACUUCUCGCCCGAGUACUUGCAAAACAUUUACGACUCCAUACGCAAACGUGAAAUUGUUAUGCCUGAAGAACAUACCGGCCAGCUUGGCUUCGAGUACGCUUGGAAAGAGCUACUCGCCCGUUCGCGGCAAACGGGUCCGUUCUUGAUGUGCAAUUCGGCCUUGUUUGAUCUGGACAUGUUCAAGACCGUUUGGAAACCAUUGAUAUCCGCCAUCGCCUACGCGUUCAUCAGCUUUGACGAUGAUUAUGUUAUUCAACGGGCAAUUUCUGGUUUCCGUCAAUGUGCCACGCUGGCAGGCCAUUUCCAUCUUCCGGAUGUGUUCGAUUUCGUGGUCGUUUCACUCUCGCAAGCGACUAGUCUAUUAUCUGAAAAUCUGCCGACACAAGUUCCUAACUAUCCAGUGGUUGAAGUAGAGGGACAAUCAGUUACAGUCUCGUCACUAUCAGUCAAGUUCGGUACGAACUUCAAAGGCCAGCUGGCAGCCGUUGUGCUUUUCAAUAUCGUGAACGGGAAUGGAAACGCCCUGCGCGAGGGCUGGACGCAGAUUUUCGAAAUGUUCCAAAACCUGUUCAUCCAUUCAUUGCUCCCCACGCGCAUGCUCCAAAUGGAGGACUUCUUAGGUGGCGUCACAAUGAUCCCCCUUCGCGGGGGCCAACCUUCGCGACCAGCACCGCGUAGUGAUGGGGGGUUGCUAUCAGCACUGUCCUCAUACCUCAUGACCCCCUACGGUGCUAGCUCCGAGAACCUCGUUCCUGAGGCUACAGACGCAGAAGUAGAGAGCACGAUGUGCACUAUCGAUUGCAUAACAUCAUGUCGGUUGGAUGAGCUUUACGCGCAGACCAUACAACUUGACUCGGAAGCGCUUGUAGCCGCAAUCCGAGCACUGGAGGCUCUUGCUCAUGAGCGGACAAUCACGAAAUGGAAACAGGAGUCGGAUGAGCUGACCACCGCGUUCAACACACCGUCCGCAGGAGAUGGCACAUUUACUUUACCUUAUGACCCUGCGUCCGUUUUUCUUCUCGAGACCAUGGUCAGCAUCACCUGUCAAACUUCGCGGUAUAUCGAGGACUUAUGGCCGAUUCUAUUUGAGCAUCUGUCGGCAUUGUUGUCAGCAUCCACGCAUUAUAGCAUUCUGCUCAUAGAGCGUGCCGUUGUUGCAUUGCUUCGGUUGUGUCUUAUUCUUGCUCAAAAGAAAACCCUUCGAGAUCAAGUCUACGUGUCGCUUGAUUUGAUUGCGGGGCUUCCCCCAAUAGUAGCCAAUUCUGUUGCCGAGCAGAUUGUUGCAGGCGUAACUUUGAUUCUUCAGAACGGCGACAUCGUUAGUUCGCAAACCGAGUGGAACCUUGUCUUCGCGGCCCUUCGGUCAACGACUUCUCAUCCGGAGGCUGCUCGCUCGACAUUCAACUUGAUUUUGGGUUUCGUCACUGACGGAGAGUCGCAAUGGGUGACACCAGAUAAUUUCAAUGGUCUGAUCGCAAUCUUGGAUGAGUUCGCGACGUCUGCUGGUCAUUCGAUCACGGUUCCCCAGAAAGGACGACGUGUUCGUUCGCAGCCACCACCCGACACACCACCUAUCGAGCGCGGGAGGCGAGCGAUUGAUAUCCUUUUUGAUAUGAAAAGGUUCAUUUUACCCUUUACUCAGUCUGCUGGUUUGCGAACGGAUCAAGUCUGGCGCCAAUACUGCCUGCCUUUGGUGUUGUCGUUAGGCAAGCAGUCGACGAACCCCUCACGACUGGUGCGGCACACUGCUAUUGGCCAGCUUCAACGUUUGUUACUUGGUCCUCGAUUUGUAUAUGACGAAAACGACCAUGCUCAAAUCGAGGAGAUCUUCAACAGCGUCAUCUUCCCCCUUGUUGAUGAGCUCCUGAAACCCCAAAUACAGCAAUACGAUCCACAGGGCAUAUCGGAGACUCGCUUAAGAGCCUCGGCCUUGCUUUGUAAGGCGUUCAUGCACUUUGAGGUCCGGGAGAGUCAUACGAAAUCAGACAUGAGAAUCUUGUGGAUCGAGAUUCUGGAUCUGCUAGACAGGCUGAUCCACGCCGAGAAGACCGAGCAGCUGUACGAGGCGGUCUCGGAAUCUCUCAAGAACGUGGUACUUGUAAUGAAUGCAGCGAACAUUCUCAUCCCACCUUCUCAGGAUGACCAACGUGAUGAGCACCAGCGUACCUUGUGGGCAGCUACGCAAGCCAGGCUAGAACGUUUUUUGCCAGGAUUUCUGGCAGAAGUGAUACCGACUCCACAGCUGCAGCUGCCACCUUCAACUCCCGUCCCAGCGUCAAUCCCUGCAGUGCCUGCUACUUCCACGGUUUAGGGUACAGGUACAUUUUUCGGCUACUAGAAUAAUUUACAUCUAUAACAAACAAAAUUGGUCGAGUCAUCAGAAGAAUUUCAUUUUGGAUGUCCUGGGAUGUUACCCGUCAAAAAUACGCAUGCCUUACACGGGAGAUCUGCUGACCUGACACGUGCGUAGAUAGCCACAAGUGCAGCUAUCGGCGCAACGGUAUAUGCCACAAACCUCACUACCAGGUAGCUAUGAGAUGUCACCCACGUGGACCAUGCACCGCCAAGGUGAGCUGUGAUUAGGAGAAGAGGGAAUAGGAUGUAGCCAGACAGCCUGCGAAAUGUGUUAUCAAUCUUUGUUGGCACCCUCCUGAUUACCCACGUUACCUGUGGUAUUUCCAUAUCAUCU